AUGCUUUCUGUAAUCAGCUACCUACUCUUAGCUACAGUUUUUAUCAAAGAAUCGUUUUCACUAUCAAUUUCUAAUGUCUACACAAGCUACAUAGAUAGAGAAACAAUUGAUCAAUCUGAUAUUUUUGGCUACCAUAUACCAAAACCAAUUGGAUACAAAGGAGAUGAACCAAUCUGGCCCAGAAGCUAUGGCUAUUCCGCUGAAAUGUUCUUCGAUGAGAACGGAGCAGCGUUUCCAGUAAGACCAAGAAAGAAAUUGGGAAGUAUCAUUCGUCCACUACAACACAGUCCUCAAAGAUACGAAGAAGAAAAGGAGGAGACGCCUCGGUAUGAUGAGAGAAAAGCGCUUCGUGAAUUCUACAGAAGAUUCAAAAAUCGAGCAAGAACUAGCUAA